AGGAGCCACAGGGAUUCAUUUUGUGUUCCUUGAUAUGCUUUUUUUGACUCUCAAAGUGCCGGUACCCAUUGACUUGCAUGUUAUGAAGUUUGAGCUGAAAAUCUUCUUUACUGUUCCACGGAAGAGAGUCCCCUACAUCUGGGAUGGCCUGAGGGUGAGUAAAAGUACAGCAAAAUAAUGUUUAAAAGGCUUUAAAACUCUGGUGCUGACGAUCUCUGCGGUGCGUUUGGACCGAGAGCGUGAGAACGAGUGUUUAAUGUUGCUGUGGAGGAACGCAGGAAUCCCAGACCGUCUCAUGCAGAGACAAUAUUGAGACAUUUUUCUUCUAGACAACAGCAACUCAAUAAAUACUAGCAGUAGGUAAAGCAGUGUUUCCCAACCUUUUCUGCCACGGCACAGUUUUGAUGAGUAAAAAAAUCCCACGGCACACCAAGCAUUAAAAGAAGAUUUUUUUCCCCAAUAAUUCAACAAACAAUGCGUCGUCAGAGUUAGUAUUUCAACUUUAUGUAUGAUCAAACACUUGCACUUAACAUUUUCUAAAAAUCAUACUCAAAUGGAGUUAACGAGGUUUUUGACGAGAUGGAGAUCUGUGUUUUGUCCGUCAUAAGAACGACCGCAUCUGAGACGGUAAAUGAAUAAUUUUCAUCAGUUGACAGGUUUUUGAGUCUAUUGUAGCUAUACGGACACUCAGUUUUUCUUGUUGUUUAAUACAUUUGGCCAAAAUCUCAUGAUUAUGAAAGAUGAACCGAUAUGCGCAGGAUAUUUGAAACAUGCAAUAGUGUUUUGGCUACAACCAGACGGCAAAGACUAUUCUCCACUCUUCAAACACACGAAAACAUUAGCCUUUAUAGACCGUGAUACUCGAGAUAAGAGAACGCUGCUCUUAUUCAAGCGUCCGCUCUCAAACAGCGUCUCGCGCCGCUUCGUUCUGAAUGGAGGCGGGGUGGGGUUAUGAGGUUUAGUCACAUGCUCCUUUGAAUGCUUUUCAUUGGUUAAAUAUUUCUAAAACCCACAAAUUUGAUUGUUUAUCGCUCUGUUGCAAAAUUAAAAUAUAUUGAGAGUGAUCAAGAAGAUUGAGUGAGUGUGGAUCCCUUACUUGAAAGUUAUGCUAUUGCUUGAUCUACACACAACUCGAGUUGAGUGCAGUGAUUUUUAUUUUUAUUUUUUUGUGAAUUUUAAAACCCACAAAUGGACAUGAUGAUGACAAAUAGCACUUAUUUAAAAUAAUAAUAAUAAUGAAAUGUAAUGGAGGUAAGGAAGUUUUUGAUAAUUUUCCAGUGGUUGGGAAACACUGGUGUAAAGAACGUCUUGUCCGUGCUCCGGAUUCGUUUCAGGAAUAAACGCUGCGUCUCAGAACCCGCUCUACCCUUCUGACUCAAACGCACCUCUCGGAGAAACCCAUCCCGAGCGUGAGCCGUUGUUACCAUGCGGUUCUGUGGUUUUGUAGGGACGGGCGUCUCUUGUGCUGAUUGGCCUGUUUCUGGUCUGAGCGUUUAUUUUUUUUCCCCCUCUGCACUGAGUCUCAUUGCGGCAGCAUCAAGUCCCAGCAUGCCGUGCGGCGGCCUCGCCCCCCCGAGCAGCGCAGCACACUCACGGCCUAAGGUCCAUAUCUUCUCCUGGAUGGAGGCGCUCCUCCGUCACUCCGAGGGUCACCACCUUCCCGUGUCCCGGCUGUCAGCAUGACAUUGAUCUCGGGGAGCGAGGGAUCAGCAUGCUCUUCCGGAACUUCACUCUGGAGAGCAUCGUGGAGCGCUACCGUCAGGCGGCCCGCGCGGCCGUGGCCAUCAUGUGCAACGCCUGCAAGCCGCCCGCUCAGGAGGCCACCAAGAGCUGCAUGGACUGCAAGGCCAGCUUCUGCAACGAGUGCUUCAAGAUGAACCACCCCUGGGGAACGCCCAAAGCCCAGCACGAGUACGUGGGACCCACCACCAACUUCAGACCGAAGGUGCUCAUGUGUCCGGAGCACGAGAUGGAGAAGGUCAACAUGUACUGCGAGGUGUGCCGGCGUCCCGUGUGUCAUCUGUGCAAGCUCGGCGGAUCUCACGCUAAUCACAAAGUCACUUCCAUGAGCAGCGCCUACAAGAUCCUCAAGGAGAAGCUAUCGAAGAGUAUCCAUUACUUAAUUAGCAAAGAAGACCAAGUGAGGACUCAGAUUUCUGAGCUGGAGGUGUUGAUCCGUAACACAGAGGAGAACGGGCAGCUCGCUGAGCGACGCGCUAAUGAACACUUCGAGCGUCUGCUGGAGACGCUUCAGGAGCGCCGGACGGAGAUGCUGCGCUCCAUCGAGCAGAGCCGGAGUCUGCGGGUGGAGCGUCUGCGGGGGCAGGUGGAGGAGUACCAGGGCAUGCUGGAGAACAGCGGCCUCGUGGGAUACGCUCAGGAGGUGCUGAAGGAGACCGACCAGUCCUGCUUCGUCCAGACGGCCAAACUGCUGCAUGUCAGGAUUCAGAAAGCCACGGAGUCUCUGAAGAUGUUCCAGCCUGCGGCGAUGCCGUCGUUCGAGGAGUUUGUGCUGGACACGUCGAAGGAGGAGCUCUUACUGAAGGAGCUGGGCUUCAGCGGCGUUCCUGAGCCUCCAGUGAUCGAUCUCUCUCGCUGCCGCGUUUAUAACGAGGGUCUGAUCCACUGGCGUCUGUCUGAAGACUCUCUGCCCACCGAUCAUCACAUCGUGGAGUUCAGGAAGCUGGGAUCUGAGGAAGAGCAGCAGUGGAGCGCGAGCGAGCCCGUGUUCGGCUGCAGCACCGUGCUGUCUGACCUCAGCGCAGACUCCAGCUACGCCUUCAGAGUCAAGAGCUGCAGGAACCGAGUCUACAGCCCCAGCAGCCCCGAGGUGACCCUGCACACGCCUCCAGCGCCGGUGUUUGGCUUCCUGUUUAACGAGAAGUGUGGGUUCAGCGCGGAGCGGCUGCAGCUGAGCAAGCGCCGGGACUCUGUGGAGAGCGUGGCGGGGAUGAGCUUGCUCUUAGCUGCGGAGCGAGUGCAGACGGGGAGCUACAUCUGCCUCGACUACAUCAUCGGAGACACGGGCAUCUCUCACGGACGCCAUUACUGGGCUUUCCGUGUGCAGCCUGAUUCAUACCUGAUCAAAGUGGGAGUGGCUUCUGACUCCAAACUAACUGAGUGGUUUCACAACCCACGAGACACCAGCAGCCCCCGGUACGACCACGACAGCGGUCACGACAGCGGCAGCGAAGACGCCUGUUUCGAGGUUUCGCAGCCCUUCACGCUGGUCACCGUCGGCAUGGGCCGGCUCUUCAUCCCCAAAGCGUCCGCCAGCGCCGCCGGGGAUCACAGCAGCCGCGUCCUGCCCAUGCCGCAGAGGAUCGGCGUCUGCCUGGACUACGACGUCGGCCGCGUCUUCUUCUACGACGCAGACAGCAUGCGCUGCCUGUACGAGCGGCCGGUGGACUGCUCGGGGACCAUGUACCCUGCGUUCGGGCUCCUGGGCGGCGGCGCGGUUCAUCUGGAGGAGUUCAUCACGGCCAAGCGGCUGUCGUACAUGUGAGGUGUCUGUCAACUCCGUCUCGUUCUCUUGAGUUCCUCGUCGUGUGGCUCGCUGCUCAAAUAUACAAGUCAGUCUGGUUUAAGAGCCGAGUCGGAUCUCGAGUGCCUUCAGCCGACCGCGACUUUCACACCAUCAGGGUUCACGCAGGGCACCUUAAUACACCGAAAUCUAAUGCAACGCCUCACGACGUCACUUUCUGAAGAAUGUGCACUGAUACUGUUAAUUACUUCUCAUCGUUUACAUGCAGUUAAGUGUGCUUAAGAACAACAAAGCGGUAUGAUUUGAACACAAGAAUUCACUACUGAACACAUGAUUGUGCACUAAUUAGUUUUUUGUUAUUGUAGCAGCACCUGCAAAACGUAGAAUGUUUCAAAGUAAAUAAAAACAAAUGAAUCUGUCUGUCUUGGAACAGCAUGAUUGUGCUAGAGAUGUUUUUAUUUGUAAUCGAGUUAAACACUUUAAUGAAAUGUAGCAUCUGAAUCAAAGCGGUGCUGAUCAAACGAGACAGACCUGAACACCUUAAAUGUACAUAUGCACUAUUAUUGUCGAGGCAGACGUCUCGACUGGACUAACAUGGCCUUACUGAGUAAUCGCAGGCUCGCCGCUUCAUUAACCAGAUGACUGGCUAGAAAGGGAUUCGCUGGCAACACCUACCUCUGAUCGAAGGACGUUCUCGUAGCUUAUGCUGUAGUUGCGCUGCGCUAGUCUUGUGCUUUGAUCGCCUAGAAACAUGCCGUCAUCUUCAAGUCGGAGCAUUUUGGGACGCGUCCUACUCCCUGAUUAGCGUGUUAUUCUGUGGAGUAUUUCCCUCUUUAUCCUUGUCAGCGAAAUCUCAUACUAAUCAAAUGUUUUAAACAAUGUGACCGCAUAAAAGGAGACUUGUUCUCUGAACGCUUUAGACGAUUAGAUUGAGCUUCUACAUGUUUGUGAUCAUUUUAAAAGUGUUUGUGUGUAAGAUCAGUGGACUAAAGUACUGAGAGCAGCGCGUGUGCCGUGUAUGUCAUUCUGAUCUGUAACGAGUUCCACCGUUUCUGUUUGUUUUCGUUUCAUCUAUGAAUUGAUUUUCACUCUCUUUUCACGUGUUCACGGUUUGUUGUUGCACUGGAUGAGGAAUAAUACACUUGUUUCAGGUGUGUGAUGUCACAGAAUGUGUUUUGGGAGCCUGUAACCAAUUGUUUUGCUGUUUCUUGUACAUGUUAAACAGGGUCUGUAAUGGUUGUAAUGUGCGGUACUGAGCUUAUGAGUCCUGCUGAAGUUCUUUAGCACUUUAAAGCAUGUCUGAGCUUGAUGCAGGUGUGAUAUCACAGGUGCGGCGCUGUGUGAUGCUUUAACGGAUGUAACCAGUCUCUCUGUCUCCUGCAUCUGCGUGGUUUUAUUUUUAAUGUACUAUGUGGUUUUUUGUAUAAAAAUAAAUGAAUGUCCUUUUA